CGGGGGGGAUGGGUCUUCAAGAGCCCACUCCUGGAGAAGGCCAUGAUGCCGAACUUGUACUUGGAGAUCGAGUUGUCGAGCCGGAAGUAUGAGAAGUUGGGCAUGAUCAGGAUGGCCGUCUUUGGCGCAACCUUCCAAGAUGAGUUCCUGGGUGGCGCGCCGACCUUGGACUUGAGUGACUCUAAGAAACUCUACAACAACCUCUGGAUCCCCUUGGCCACCGUGGACCCAGCCACGGCGAAGCUGACGCCCAAGGCCUAUGGCGAGCUGCACUUGAUGACCGUGUGGAAGCCUUCGCAGGAGACCGUGGCCUUGCGUCGCUUGCCCAAGACGGUUCGUGGUUGGCAGAGCUGGGAGUUGAAGCAAGCGCUGAAGGGCACCGCGAUGCACGAUCCCAUCUACGAUGUGCAGGCGGUGAAGCGCGGCUAUGAUCCCAACUUGUAUGAACACCAGGGCGAUCAUCAAGAGGCCAUGAAUGAAGCCAAGCUCAGCCAUAUGCAGAAGAUGUUGGAGAGCAUCCCCUACCUGGACUGCUGUGAGCGGCAGCAACGUGUCGCUUGGCGCGACUUCCGCCUGAAGCUGGAAUCGAUGAGCCCCGUCGAUGCGGACGAGCAACCGCAGAGACCCUCCUUGAGCCUGCUGCGGAGCGGCUGGUCACAUGGGGAGACGCCCAAUACUCGGAUGUUGUGGGAGUUGGAUGAGCUGAUGCGUCGUGGGGUGCCUGCGCAUAAUCGCGGGGAGAUUUGGUUUGAGAUCACUGGUGCUCAGGAGCUCCAGCGGAAGUGGCUGGAACGCUGGGCCGAGAAGCUCUCGAGCGAGGCAGAUCCCUCCGUGGCCUUCUACCGCAGGCUGGUGGAAGAUGGCAAGCCCUACCGGAAUGAUGCCAUGUGGCAGUUGCACGAGGACUUGGUGGCCGCCGCCUCCUGGGAGAGGAGCCAAUGGGAAGGGAGGGAAAGAGACAUUGUGGAGAGAAAGAUUCACGUUUGCAACGAUUGCAAUGAAAAUGCUAUCAGAUCGUGGUACAACAUUCCUGUACCAGAGUUUCCAGAGGGGCCUGAUGUGGCAGCAAAUCAGCUGCUCGUUGAAAGCGAUGAGGAAACGAUUCCUCAAGAGGGAGAUGUGCUUUUUUCCACUGAUGAAUCUGGUGGAGAUGCAGAAGAGCCCGAGGGUCACAUGCUGUUGCAGUCUUCUGAGGAUGAUGCCGAGCAAGCUCAGCCUGCACCCAAGCGUAGGAGGUAUACUGACAGGAAAGCAUCAUCAACUCUGCAGUUCCUUGUCCGAUCGGUGUGCAGCAGGGCACAUCAAAAGCUGUACGCCAUUGGAUCCGCAGCUUUGCAGAACCUCCGUCAGGGCCUGCCUGCUUACACAAUGCAUGAUCAACGGCUGCCAGAACCAAAGCAUGAGUUGUUGAAGGUCUCUUUGCGCAGAAAGUCUGACAAUGCAAAGUGGCCGCAUGUGCUCAAGUUCUUUUGGUUGCUUUACAUCAGUGCAGCGGAGGUAUUACCAACAAAAUUGGUGAUGCCCAAUUCGUGGCACAUGGAAGCUAUGGCGAAAGAUUCUGAUUUCCAAGAACGAUAUUGUUCUGCUUUUUUGCAGAACCUGGAGCGGAAUUUUCAGUUGAGCCAUCCAGGUCAAAUCGGCCCAGGUACGUUCGCAGGACCGAGGAGAUAUUUAGAACAUUCCAAGCCGAUUGAUUUGUAUAUACAAUACUCUGCAUUUUCAGAUGCUGAUGGCCAAGAGGCAGCAUCAUUUGCAACGUUCAUGAGAAUAUUCAACCAGAUAUUUUCCACACACCUGAAGUUUAGGGACAAAGCAGAGUUUGGGCAGUGUGAAGUGUGCUACCGCAUGAAAACAAAACUCAGAAAAGCAAGCACCCGAUCAGAAAAGGAUCAUUGGACGAAAGCCUACAGUUCCCAUUUGUUGAGCCAAUGGCGGGACCGCCAGUUUUACUGGCGGAUGCGGGAGCUUAGCAGGCAAUAUUUUGCGCAGUUGCUUUUGACUGGAGCAACAAAAAUGAAAUCUCUGGAGCUGUCAUCCAGCGUCUUGUGUGCCAUUCAGGAUGGCAUGGACCAGUCGAAACUGCGUGUACCCAAGUGGGGAUAUGUGAGACUUCCAAAGACCCUGGAGGCACUCUAUCGCCCAGCGCUUCAUUUGAGCGCCAGCUGGUUCCACGGAGCACACUUAGCCCUGAGCAUUACCGAUGAGAAUGUCAAGAAGAAUUCAGAGAGCCAAAUAGAGCAGCUUGCGAGAUCUCUAUCCAAUUUGCUUGCUUCAACCUCCCAGCUGCCGCUAUAUUUUCACUGUCAGAGUGAUAACUGCUUUCGCGAAGCGAAGAACCAGUUCGUGGCAGCGUUUAUGUUGAUGCUAGUGGCAUGUAAAGUUUUUAGAUCAACAAGCCAAGGAUUUUUGCGUACUUCUCAUUCCCAUGAAGACGUGGACCAAAUUUUUGGGCAGAUUGCUCGAAUUCUUCAAGGAAAGGCCAUCGCCACAGCCAAUGACAUGGUGGACUUCUUGAACAAAGCCACGAAGAGAAGUGGUACUUCAUGCAGCUCAGAUUCUACAUUGCGUGGAUCAAGCUGCGAGGCCUACAAACUUGACGAGGUGACAAGCUGGAAGACCUUUGUUGCUCAAACCGGUGUUGUGCUCAAGGGAAUGCGGCGAGUGCAUUUUCUUCGUUAUUGCCAAAGAAGGGACAUGGGGUCUGACAUUUUGGAUAACGUGGCAGAAAUAGAGGAACUUCGAGGUGUCCCGCCAGCAGAUCGCAAUGGAGAAGACAUAUUCUUAGUCACAAAACAGUGGCUAGCCGACACUGAAAUUGCAAGAGUGAUCUGCGUCAUGUCCGCUUCAACAGCCCAACAAAUUCGUGUUGGGUGCAGUAGUCCGGCUGGCUUGGCUGAGCGAAGGAGGAUUUCUGAUGGUGUGAGAUCAAAUAUCAACAGAUACGCCACUCGGAGUUUGAACAAGGGCACUCUGUCCAAGGACUCCGGACAGAAUUUUGAUGUGACAAUUGGUCCAGCAGAUGGUAAUUUGACGUCGGAUUCUGAUGAAGAUGAGGUGGACUUGAGUGCAGCUGCUGAUGAUGGCAUCCCAAAGGUCGAGGAUGGAGACAUUUUCUUCAGUUCGGAUGAGGAGCCCAUUGCAGGCCUGCCAAUUCGUGCUUUCAUCUACAACUUCCUCAAGGAAGAACGCUUUGCAAAUCUUCGGGGUCAGCUAGCUGCAACUUGUCGGGGCAUUGACCGGCUGCGUAUUGGUAGCAUCUGUUCUGGGUGGGGUGUCUUGGAAAUGGUCAUGGAGACCUUCCGACCAGCUUGGAACCAAGAGUGCGUUCUAGAAGACAACUUGCUGCUAGAGGUGGAGUUGAGCUUCGUUGUGGAGAAGGAUCGGAGAAAGCAAGACUACCUGCGAAGUCGAUUUCCACAUGCUAAAGUGUUUUUCAAGGACAUGAAUGACAUGGGACAUGCGAAGGCUUCCACUUUUGAUGGUAGCUUCCACAAAGUGCCCAAGGUGGACCUUCUUUGCAGCGGCUUUCCAUGCGUUUCGGUGAGCCCAUUGACUACAACACCGGGAUCGGUGUUGGACAAAUCAUGUCAGUCUGGUUGCACUGAACGGGAGAUUGCAAUCUUGGCAUGUGCUUGUGAAGAGAUGAUGGAGAUGGGGGUGAACCCGGUGGAAGAACUCCUGGUGAUUCAGGUCGUUUUCGGUGCCAGUCCACUUCGCUGCUCUAGUGACUUUGCUAGCGCACUGGCGCCCACCGUGUCCCUGGCAGAUGCGUUGAAGGUAGUUCAGCGCUGCUUCAGGCGACCUGACAGGCUCCUAGCAGAUAGCUUGGCUUUUUGCAAGGCUUUGGGAAUCAUUGCCAGAGAUGCGACCACGGAGGACUUUCAGAAGAAGUUUCUUGCGAUGAAGGACUACCCGCCUCAACCUGGAACCUUCACUACCACGGCCAUUUUGAACUGGAGCUUUGAAGAUACUUCUUUCUGGCGCCCUCCAGACCUUCCAACUGUCAUGGACAUCUCAAAGUCCAUUGCACUGGGCGAGAUCCUGGGACUUCGGAUGGCAAUGGAUGAAGAUACUCAAAUGGAAGAUGAAGCGGGUUUGAAUCCAGGCCUUGGGGAGCUCACCUUUGACGAUGGAGGUAUGCGCGGGCUUGCUGCAGCACUGUGCUGGGUUGGGCUGGUUUACAGAUGCUCCAAUGAGAGCAAAGAGGCAUUGUGCCAUCCCAGUGUGAUUGCCCUGGCUCGCUCAUUGCUGCAACUGCCUACCAUGCGUAAGAGCCAAAGCUCAGACAUGAUGUCUGAACAAAUCCGCCGCAUCAUUCGCCAGAAUGUCGAGUCCAAGAAAAUGGCAAUCACCAGCUUUGAGUGGGCGGAAAUCCUACGCAACAUGAACAAGCAGGGGCAACCAACUUCAGUGCAAGAUGCCAUCGACUGCUACAACAAGAGUCCAGAAGUCGACCGGAUUGGUGCGGGCUCUUUGGUGAUUGACAGCAAGAAGCUGUGGGCAAUAAAGCAUUGGAUGGAACAGACCUGUGACGCAGCACGUGAAGAGGUCAUGAUCUCAUUGAAAGACAAUGCCUUUGCCUUUGGACCUUGGGGGGAGAGUUUGUCUAUCAUGAAGCACCUGUUCAUGAAGUCCACCAUUUCCAAUCUUCAGUGCUCCACUUCGUCAUUGUCGCCUUUGGAGGGUGAGAGCACCAUUCCUUUAGACUGGACUUUGCCCAUGUGGUCUCAUGCACAGACAAUGCUCUUCCGCAGGAUUCGGUUGCACUUCGAGAAAGCGACAGCCAUUGUGGAAGAUGCCCAAGACCGUCGCAAAUACAGAAUGUCUGAAUCGGAUCUGUUGAGCCUCAGAAAUGUUCUGUGCCUUUGGGCACAGGUGAGGGAUUUCCUCUCUACCCGCCUUCCCAACUUCACGAGCCUGGAGGAAGCACUCAUGAAGGGCAAUGGAGCUGAUCAUGAGCUAGAACAGAUCCUUCAGCAGCGGCCAGCCGUGUUUGCAGUUUCCUUCUUGCCGUGUGCGCAACAGUCUGCUCUGGAAGAUGUCAAGAAGCACGAAGAAGUUGUGACAUUAGAAGCUCAGAAGCAGAGAUUGGAACUGAGGGAUGCAAAGUGGAAGUACUUUGCUGCUGCGCUUAACCGUGAUCAGCAGGUUUUGCGCAUGAUUCUUUCUGCUCCAGCAAAGCUUGAAGCUUUGAAGCACAGGAAGCAAAUGGCAUGGAGGAUUGAGCAAGCCCAGGUCGGAGAACGGGUGGUGAAGAGCUACCUUGAGAAGUUCCUUCGGUGUGAUGUUGUUGAGAAGAUGGAGCAUGGGCAGCUGAAGGUCAACGAGUACAGGAGUUUUGUGGCUGCUUGCUUCCAAUUCAAUUGUUUUGUUUCAUUCUGGAUACUGAUGACUUUUUACAUUAAGGCAGCUACUUGCAAUUGCAAAGAAUCUGAUGUCCACAUCUUGACCUUCGUGGAUUUGAAUGUUCCUUUGGCCAAAUCCAAGGAACGCGUGGAGGAACUAUGCACCCUCGUGCAAUUCGCGAAUGACCUCCAACCUACGCGCAAUGUCGGCGUCAUUGAGGUGCCUGAAGCACCGAAGAAGACCUCAAAGCGUGGCCUUGCGGAUGAGGAGACUGAUCUGCAACAGACUCUGUGGGGGUUGCGGCAAGCAUGUGACAACAGAUGGUUUGUUCCUUUUGAGAUCCAAGCCUCGGCAGAUGCCCAGACUGCCAGGAGGCGGUUCUCCUUUGGACGCUUGGUGGUCAACAAGGAGGCUGAAAGCGAUAACCCGUGGAUCAACAACAGUGAGUUUGGUAGUGCAGGCAGACCUUUGGGCACUGACCCAAUUAUCCUACCAUUGAGCAAAGACCUGAUCCUGCCAGAAGCAUUAGAUCCAGACAGCGACCUGCGCUUUGCAGAAAGACUUCGACCAAGUUCGGAAGCGACAUCCGCUCAAAAAGGGUGUCAGCGUUGGGAGGCAAUUCUCAAGUCCAUGCUCACCAUGACCGGCUACAGCUUGAAGAAGUCACCAGUCAUUGUACUCAACCUCACGUCCUAUGUGGAGGAUCUUGGAGUUUCAGCUUUCCGUCUCAGGGAGUCCAAGCAAGAGCUCAAGGGAGGCUUUCACACGGACUUGCUCUUUUACCAAAGCGUUUGGUGGCUAAACAAGGACGGAUUUGGAGCUGCACGAUUGGCCAGAGAGGUGACCGAUGCAUGGAUCGCAGGUAAGCUGGAGCACGCAGGGCAGAAAAUCAAUGUCGACAUUCCAGCUUUGACGAAUGAUGAAAUCUCAUCAAUCCCAGGCGCUGCCGCAAGCCUUUCUCGACUUGACACGGUGCAGUUCGAAGUCCUGGAAAGGAUUGGCAGCAGCAUGAACAUCAAGAAUGACGAACACCGCUUCUGGAUGGCCCAGGGAGGGACCAUCACAGAUGAAUAUUGUGCCCUUCGUGAAGCUCAUCUUGACCUCAUAGGAAGGGAAAAUGUGCUUCAAGCAGAUGGUCCAAGUGAAGCAUCCCAGCAACUUGUAGAGGCACAACCCGAGAACACAGAGUCUGAAGCAGCUACCACAGCUACCACCAUGGAAUCCUUGGAAAAAUUGGAAGCGUCGCAUGGUGUUGAGCACAAGGUUGCCUCGGAGAUCCCUCAAGUGAAGAUUAUUUUGGCAAAAGAUGGGUCUUUGUGGCUGAUGUCUUCUCAAGAUCGGUCCAUCCCAAAGCAUUCACAACUCGGAGGCUUUGGGACAGGGCAGUAUGUGCCAGCAGAAGGAGAGGAAGGCAUCGACUUCCAUCUCCCUGAAGGGGAUCGCUCUCUGGUCCAACUCGACGAGGCAUCUUUCAAAGCAGAUGGGAGUGGUGUGUCAGUCAUCACCUUCUUCAAAAUGCUUGUCUUAGCGGAGCAGCAGAAGCAUCUCACUCAACAUCUGGUCUCCUACAUGAAUGUGACCAGGAAAGCGGACAGCAGCCUUGAGACCGGGAUGGAUGGUUUUGAGAUCACCUACAAAUCCAAGAUGCGAUUCAAGUGCUUGGUUCAGGAGAAGGUCACCUGCAAGAACAUUUUUGCGAAGAUGGUGGGCAAAAUCAAUGAGAUGGGUCAACUGCAGUCGAUUUUUAGGUUCCGAUAUGAAAGGAUUGGAGCCUCUUUUAAAGUCCAGCGGCCAUACGUAAUUACAAAGGCCAGGAUUAGCCUCAAGCGCGGACAGCCUCAACAAAUCAAAUAG